AUGGAAAGAGUCCAAGAAGAAAAGACGAAAGGGAAGAGAUCAAAUAGAUGGCUAUGGCCUUUGGCAGCUUUAGUUGUCGUGUUCUUGGCAGCCGCUGCGACCUCCAAGAUCGGAAUCUUCUUCAACAGUCCCAAAAUUUUCAGCUAUUCACGUCAGGAAUCUGGUGAACUCAGAGUGUCGCAGAAACACGAGAAGCUCAAGGCAUCAGUAGAGAUGCGUCAAUGGCGAGAGCGUCCUCCAUCAUUUUAUAGCGUCAAGUUUGAGUCUUGCAAGACCAUGAUGGAUCUAGUCAAGGAUGGAUACUACGAGUCUCUUCCUUUCACCGCCGGUGGACUCAAUUGGACGUUCCUAAUCUACCCAACGGGGAUUAUCAAGAACAUCUGGUUCCCAUUUGUUUCGCUUUAUGUAAGAAUCGAUAACUCAAGCGUCAUCACCGAUCCACAAGAGGUGUAUGCGGAGAUUAAGUUCUUCGUCUACUACCACUUUGUUAAUCGCUUGUAUUAUUACUCCGAAGAAACUGAACCGGUGAUGUUUAAUUCGGUCAAACGGGAGUAUGGAGUGCCGUAUUUUCUCGAUACGAACCUCCUCAAGGUGCCAGGAACUGCAUACAUUUUCGACGGCGGAAUAUGUGAGUUUGGAGUAGACGUAUUUGUUGCUCCACCCUUUAACAAUUGGGAAACAUUCUCCUAUGAUGAAAACAUUAGCACCAAUUUCACUUGGAACCUCUCCGAUUUCUCUACCCUCAUUAGCCCCGACUUUAACACAUCCGACCCGUUUUCUUCCGGAGGCAGAAACUGGGUAUUGAAAGUGUAUCCAAAUGGAUAUGGUGUUGGAACGGAUAAAUAUUUGUCACUCUACUUGUUGAGUGAGACUAAUGAAAAGGAUUACGUUCGAGCUACGCUACGAGUUCUGAAUCAAAUCCCAUCCAACAAUGUGGAGAAACAAGUUGAGGGAUGGCCUAAUGCAGCAGAAAAUGGAUGGGGUUUCGAAGAUUUUAUGCCUCUUUCAGAUCUUAAAGAUGGAACCAAAGGUUUUGUUGUGGAUGAUGUCCUCCAGGUUGAAGUCGAGAUCAGGGCCCUCUCUAACAUAACUUCUAAAUAG